AUGGAUCCUUUUAACUUUAACUCUUCCGGGUUGGUUAACCUAAUAGCCUCUCAGAGCAGUCAAACAAUAGACUUAGGGUGUUCAGAGGUUCCUAAACCGGCGUCAAACAAGGAUCCAAUCGUGAGUAACGAGCAGAAGGCAGGUACGUUUUGGAGGCGCAUAGAGGAGUAUGUCAAUGCUAGCCCUCUGCUCAUUGGCUCCGUUCCUAGGGAGUGGAGUCAAUGUAAGCAGAGGUGGGGAAUGAUGAAUGAGCAGGUCUGCAAGUUUGUGGGAAGCCAUGAAGCCGCUCUGAAGGAGCAAGCGAGUGGCCAAAAUGAGAAUGAUGUCAUGAAGGCUGCCCAUGACAUCUUCUUUAAUGACUAUCAUGUCAAGUUCAGUCUGGAACAUUGUUGGAGGGAGCUUAGGUUUGAUCAAAAAUGGAGAUCACACCCAUUCUCGAAAGAUGGUGCAAAGGAGAAAAGGAAGGAACCGGCGGAGGAGGUACCUGCGGAGGAAGAUGUUAGGCCUCCUGGCGUUAAGGCUAACAAAGCAGCCAAACGCAAGAAGAACAUGAAUGACGCAGCUUUUGAUCAGGUUUGCAGGUCACGGGUUGCAGUUGGUGGAUGUGUGCGUGUGGACGUGUUGUCAGUAGGUCUCGGCUUCUUUGGAUAUGGCACGCAUUUUUCGGAUUAUCAGGUCCUAAAGCAGAGCUAUUUGCCGAACGUCAAGAAUCCACCAGAAAAGAUGUCGAACGGGCUUUUGGAGUAUUGCAAUCAAGAGAAUGAACGAGACGGAUAUACCCAAAUUGAUACAUCUGAGUUCGAGUCAGGAGAGUCAAGCAAAAGUUCCAAGGUGAAAAGGAGAACAAGUUUUAAUAUCGGUAAUAUGUUAGGCGUUCGCAAUGAAGUUCGAGAUUCAGAGAAACAUCAUCUUUUGAAAGCUGAUUUAGUUGAAAAUGUAUGA